GCUCUAAUUUUUUUAAUAAUCAAGAAGGUUCUCCAGACCAGAUGUUGAGAAACAUCAGAAAUUUAUCAAUGCACGCCAACUGCGAAUCGUGCGUUUUGCCCGGUUAGAGUGUGUAUAUUGGAUGCACAUUUUUCCCGUACACUAACUCUGUGGUACAAGAUGUGCGAGCCACUACAGUACUCGUCCCUGAUACCUAAUUUUCUGUUUGGCGUGUUUGCCAUGAGUUUCACAUUCUGGGUCGUGAUGGGUAGUUUUGUCGUUUGCUGUAACCAAUAUUGGCACAAGGAUCAACGGAUGCAGAAACCGUAACAGGCGGGAUGGCUAUCCGCAGUCACCGGAUGGCGCGCAAUAUUAUAACAAGCGAACGCUACCGAUGGCCAAACGGAACGAUUGCAUACGCCGUGCAGGAUAAAAUUGAUAAUACAACCAGAGACACCCUUCUAGCGGCAAUGAGAAACAUUAGUCGGGAGACCAAUCACUGUAUCCGUUUUCGGGAACGCAGGAAUGAAGACGAAUAUUUGGACAUUAUACGCUCUCGUCCGGGCACGUGCGCUGCAGGAGUGGGCAGGCAGCGACAUACGAACAAAAUGUUUGUGAGCGCACAGUGUUCAUUCGCCGACCUUCUGCAUGUUCUCCUUCAUGUCCUCGGCUUUUUUCACGAGCAUACACGACCCGAUCACGACAGCGAUGUGCACGUCAGCUGGGAGAAUAUUCCAGAAGCCUUUAAAGACAAUUACCCCAAGCCCGGAGAUGGUCUAACCGUAUUGGAAUUCCCUCACUAUUUUUUGUCCAUUACGCGUAACAAAGAAUUCGCGUACAGCUGUAUCCUGCCAGUAAUGAUUCCCAUGAAUCCUACCCAAAACCUGACAACGAGUUCUCGUCUGAGUGAUUCGGACAUCAAGAAAAUCUUGAGAGCUUACGAAUGUUAAAGCCGCCCAUAGAGUGAUCAUGAGCAAUGCGCGCGCCCAGCUCAGCGGAUUAUCGCACGGUGCUACAUCGAUGGGCUGUACAGUGUAUAAUUUCUCUGUACAAAGUUGAAUACUCGUAUUGUUGCAGUCCCUACAUAAGUCCUUUUUUAAUUUUGCCAAGGCUGUUAUUGGGCAUAAAAGGGAAAAAUGAUAUGCAGUACAAUUACUUGCUUCAUGACAUCAGAAUGUUUAUGGUGAUGAUUGUACUCGAUGUUGGUACGCAAACAUAUUGUGAAAUUCUUGUGCAGCUCAUAGCAAAU